AUGAAGCUAAAUUUACUAUUGUGUUUUCUGAUCAACAUAUCCUUGUUACCGGAUUCGAAACCCAGCAUCAGAUACUGCGAUUUCACUACGAAUGACCGUUCGAAAUAUUGCUAUGCAAAGGAAAUAUUGCUCGCGAUCACUCACAGCCCGAAUCAAUUAGCCGUUGAUAAAUCAUCAAACACACUGUAUUUUAGUUUCGACAUGGGCCAAGGGGAUUUCGUUCCUGCCGUAUUCAACAUGGACAAUAAAAAACUAACCGUAUUGAAUGGCGUUAGGGAUGCUUUCGCGUUAGCCAGCGACGACAGCAGUAAUAUCUAUUUCGGAGGGAACAACGGCAUAUACAGAUACGAGAAACAAUCUCUGAAACAAUUGAACAUCAAGAACUUGGACAUUUGGUGGCUUUACAUACGGAACAAUAUAUAUUUUAUAAAAUUUCCCAAUUUGGAAGCACACUACUAUAAGAACAUGACCGUUAAAGAGUUACCCGAACUCAAAGGGAAGGUAGUGCAUCAGUUUGUGUUAGACAAACAAGGUAACGUAUUUUUCAUAAACGGCUCCGGUCUGUAUGGAGUUCGACGCGGAAGACAUCGCGAUAUCAUGCUGAGAGACAACCCUAAGUUCUUGGGAAUGGCCACGGACAACAACGGCGAUGUGUAUGUUUGCAGCGAAGACGGUAUAUACGUCGUCAGCAAGAUGGUGAUAAAGGUUAAAAAAAUCGUGAACGUUCAAGGCGUACUGGGACUCACAUUCGACAAACUGAACAAUAUCGUGUACACGAACGCGUAUGAGAUAGUUCGUCUUGUGCCGAUGACUAGAAAAAGAUCUUUAUUUAGUUUUGUAUAA